UGGCUAGGCCUCAGUGUCAGUCUGUGCAGUGUCACGAGUGUUUGUGUGAGUGUGUCGGUGUGCUCGUCAGCGUCGCUAACAGUUAUCAGGCCCGACAUGAUGAAGAGCAGCCUGCUGGCGGUCGCCCUCGUGGCCGCCCUCGCCGCGUCCGCCGCGGGCUCGGGCGUCGUGUUCAAGGACGACAGCUCGCCGGCGGGCGCCGCGGCACCCCCCAAGCGGCCGGCGAGCGCCACCAACGUGACCUUUGGCGAGGGGCGCCACCUCCGGGGGCUGCGGCUCCCGCCGGGCGAGCUCGACGCCUCGCUGCAGGACGAGUACAACGAGGACGCCCCCCAGGGCGCCGCCGGAGGCGUCAGGCACGGCAAGAACCUCCUGGACUGGAUCGGCCUGGGCACCGGGCCUGAGACGGACCCCUACCUGGCCAGGAUGAACCACCAGUGCCUCGAGGGUGACUUCUCCGAGUGCUUCAAGUCGCGGGCGCUUGCCUCGCUGGACGACUUCUUCGACAAGGACCUGUACCAGCUCAACGACAACGCCAGGGUCAUCCGCCUGCCCGGCGUGUCACUGCGCUCGCUCGCCAGCGAGCCCCUGGAGUACUCGACGCAGCCCCGCGCCGACGAGCCCGAGUGGGACCAGUUCGUCAAGUUCCUGCUGCGCCGCGUCGAGCGCUUCCUCAAGUCGACGGCCUUCGAGGUCAACCUGCCGCAGGAGGUGACGGGCGACGGCAAGUACGCGCCAAGGUUCAUCGACGACAUCGCCACGGAGGUGGACUACAUCGAGGACAAGACCGACACGAAGUUCUCCCGCUUCCGCUUGAAGAAGCUCCUCAUCCCCAUGCUGGUGAUCCUGAAGCUCUUCAAGCUGAAGCUGCUCCUGUUCCUGCCGCUCAUCCUCGGCCUCGCCUCCUUCAAGAAGCUGCUCGGCCUCUUCGCCCUCGUUGUCCCCGGCCUCAUCGGAUUCUUCAAGUUCUGCGGCAAGUCGGACCUCGCCGGCGGCUACGGCAGCUUCGGCCACUCCAACUACUACAAGCAGCCGCCCCCGCACCGCUACCCUCCUCACCACCAGCCCCUGUACCCCUCCGGCGGGCCCUACACGCAGUACGCCGCCAACAGCGCGCCGUACACGCCGUACACCGAGACCGUCUACCAGCGAGACAACGAGUCCGGGCACCAGGCACAGCCCGCCCAAGGGUCGGGCUCUAUCGCCUUCCGGGACCCGGAGGAGUCCUCGGCUCACGACUUAGCCUACCAGGGUUACCAAAAUUACAAAAAAUAAGUCCAGGAGAUAACUCACGCAUGUUGGAGUUGUACCUUCUUUCUUUGUCGAGAGAAAACUUUGCGAGCCAUUUAGUUCAAUUUACGAUUGUGGAUAGGCAAUAAUUAUGUUGACGCAUAUGUUCAGCUUUAACGAGAGCGGUAUGGAGGAAACUUUUCGUAAUUUAUCGUCGCAUGUGUAUAGUUACUGAAAUUUUAGAGUUAUUUAUUUCAUGUGUGUAUAGAUAUUGAAAUGUUAUAGUUAUUUAUUUCGGGUGAUAUCCCAGACUGAAAACGACCGACGC